AUGUCCCAAGAGGAUCUGCGAAACGCCAUCGUCCAACUCACGAAUCUCGUCGCGAAGCAGCAGCAGCAGAUCGAAAAUUUAGCAAAUCGAACUUUUUCGACGGCGGCUAGCGGAAGCGAGAAGACAAUCGAGUCGUUGGCAAAUGGAAUCCAAGAUUUCCUGUACGAUCCGGACGCAGGAGUUUUCUUUGAUGCAUGGUACGCUAGAUACGAAGACGUCUUCAUUCAGGAUGGUCAUUCUCUCGACGAUGCCGCCCGUGUGAGAUUGCUUCUACGCAAAUUAAGCACCCCUCUGCACGAUAAGUACGUGAACACUAUUCUGCCAAAGCAUCCUCGCGAUUUCUCUCUGGAUGAGACCGUUACAAAACUGAAGAAGUUGUUUGGUCGCCAGAAGUCGGUUUUUCACUCCCGUUACCAGUGCCUGCAGUACGCCAAGAGUGACGCGGAUGAUUUUACUUCGUAUGCUGCCAUGAGUAGAUACCCCAAAGUACCCAAAGUAGAUGCGGAACUCGAAAGGCUCGAAACAAACGGUAUAAUUUCUCCAGUUCAAUUCUCGGACUGGGCAGCACCAAUAGUCGUCGUACGGAAGUCGGACAAUGUUUCGGUCCGUGUGUGCGGUGAUUAUUCUACGGGGCUGAACAACGCGCUGGAAUGUGACCGUCAUCCUCUACCUCAUCCUGACGAUCUUUUCGCGGAGCUGGCUGGGGCACGCUAUUUCACACACCUUGACUUAUCAGACGCCUAUCUACAAGUUGAGGUCGAGGUGGAAUCGCGCAAGCUACUUACCGUGAACACACAUCGCGGCCUUUUCCAGUACAACCGACUUCCUCCCGGAGUCAAGUCGGCACCUGGUGCUUUCCAACGCAUUAUUGACAGCAUGGUGGCUGGCAUCUCUGGAGUGAAACCUUACCUUGAUGAUAUCUUCAUUGCUGGCCGCACCAAAGAGGAGCACGACCGUAUCCUCUAUGCUGUUCUCGAACGCGUCCGUGAGUAUGGUUUCCAUUUACGCCUUGAAAAAUGUCGUUUCGCGCUUCCCCAGAUCGGUUUCCUUGGAUUGAUCGUCGACAAGGACGGUAUUCGGCCUGACCCGUCCAAAACAGAAGCCAUUGCCAAGAUGCCACCCCCGAAGGACGUGAAGCAACUUCGCUCCUACCUCGGAGCUAUCAACUAUUAUGGUCGAUUCGUUCCACAGAUGAAGCACCUCAGGGCUCCCCUGGAUGACCUGCUGAAAAAGGAUGCUCGCUGGAACUGGACAAAAGAGUGUCAGAAAUCUUUUGAGCAGUUCAAGACCAUUUUACUCUCCGACCUGCUGCUUACUCACUAUGACCCAUCUAAGGAGAUCAUCGUCGCGGCAGACGCAUCGAAGUAUGGUCUAGGCGCUGUCGUCAUGCAUCGUUUCCCCACCGGUGAGGUGAAGGCAAUCGCACAUGCUUCUCGCUCACUAACGGCAGCGGAAAUGAACUACGGCCAAGUGGAAAAGGAAGCAUUGGCGUUGAUAUUCGCUGUCACCCGUUUCCAUAAGAUGCUGUACGGACGGCAUUUCACUCUCGAAACCGAUCAUCAACCGCUACUCAAAGUUUUCGGCUCGAAAAAAGGAAUACCAGUUUACACAGCCAAUCGUCUGCAACGAUGGGCUUUGACACUUCUCCUGUAUGACUUCGGGAUCAAGCACAUCUCGACGAUGAAUUUCGGCUACGCAGACUUCCUGUCCCGGCUGAUGUCAUCACAGCGCAGACCAGAUGAGGAUUACGUCAUAGCUGCCGUCUAUGUCGAAUCCGAAGCAAAGGCGAUUCUCGAAGACUCCAUCAACAAUCUGCCAGUCACACAUCAGAUGAUUGUGGCUGAGACACGUAAGGAUGCUGUUCUGCAGCAAGUGAUUAGUUACAUCAAUGAAGGAUGGCCAGCAAGCGUGAAGCUAAUCACUAUGACUACCUAA